ACAUUGUGUUCAGCUAAAUCCGCUUUAAAUCAGUUGUAUUACUCGUCUAACUGUAUAAAACGUACUUAACAUGCAUUGUACAAAUCGAGUGUAAUAAAUCAUUUGAAAAGUGAGAUUAACUAGCGCGCUAACUAACUAGCCAGUUGUCUAGGAAACGGAAACGCGCAAACGGAAAACGCAGGAUGUGACUCACUAGCCAACAAUUUCAACUUUAGAAACUCUUAUCUUGGCGACCAUGUUGCGGUUUGAUAAAGACGACCAGUCUUUAGACGUUUAUUCUGAUGAUGAAGAUAAUGCUGCAUUAGCAGGAAGAAGAAACAUGUCGGAGGAAAUAAAUGCAGCUUCACGUGAAAGCAGCGAGAUCCGUAGCGCAACGCCUGGGCGGCUACCCGUGCGCCAGCGGUACUGGAAAGACACACACCUGUGGCCCGCUCGAAUAGUCUCUGUGCUAUGCAGCGUAGUCAUCGUCUCAUUUAUCGCUUUGCUAGUCUCUUUCUUGUACAUCGUAUUAAAAGAUCUAAGAGCAGAGAGGAUAACCACUGAAGAUGGAUCAGAAGUGAGACUAAUGGGUUUUUGGAGUAUUUUGGUCCUGUCUUCUGUGGCUGGAGUUCUUUGUUGCAGCUUCUCCUGGACCCUAACCUACUUUGACUCCUUUGAGCCAGGAAUGUUUCCCCCAACUCCUCUUUCUUCAGCCAGACUCAAAAGAAUGACCGGACACUCUUUCCACAUGGGCUACAGUAUGGCUAUACUCAACGGCAUAGUGGCUGCGCUCACUCUUAUGUGGUAUCUCACCUGAUGCGCCUCAACUGCCGCCCAUCUGUGGACACCUCGACUGUCAUUUAACUUGCAAUUACCAGGAGGCAAUUCCAAGUUUAAAUAGUUCACCCCAAAAUGAAAAUUUGCUGAAAAUUUACUCGCCCUCAGGCCAUCCAAGAUGUAGAUGAGUUUGUUUCUUCAACGGAACAGAUUUGGAGAAACGUGCUCACCAAUGGAUCCUCUGCUGUGAAUAAGUGCCAUCAUUUUUGGGUGAACUGUUGCUUUAAUGGCAGAUGGAGCUGUCAAAUUAUGUUACUAAUAUAACUACAGAUAAAACCUUUUUAAAUUCAGACACUGAGUAACAACAAGUAAAACAAUUAAGGACAAUGUUUUAUUUUUAGAGGAUUUCUCAUAUUUUCAUAUAUGCUAAUUUGACAAAUUCAAUACACAACGCACAAUGACUUUUUCGUAAUGGACUACAUUUAAAAAAAGAAAAGAAAAAUUACAUUAGUGAAGUCAGGGUCUCUUUGGUACUCAGUUAUUUUGUCUUGUAAAAGGCUUUUAUUACAGAAUCCCGUGCAAGCAGCUUUUUACCAUUACAAUAGCAGUGCAUUAAAUCUGCUUUUUGCACUUUUGAUGUCAUUCAUUGUCAGUGUGGCAACACAGAUGCUGUUUAAAUAUAUUCAAUAAAUUGAAUUUGCAUUUUAGGACCUCCGCUUAGCAAAGACUACAGUCCCUUUGCAGUCGUGCUUUAUUAAAGCUGGAAGUUGCUGCUCUAUUGAGCGUUUUAAUGGGGGAAAUCAUUAAUACAAUAGCUGUUUUGGGGUUGAUGAAGAGUGACCAUGUUAGCUUUGUUGAGAGCCUGGGAGAAGGUCAGAGAGUGUAGAAGUGUGGAUUUAAUUUAUGACUUUAAUUAUUUGAUGCAGACUGCCAGGCCAUGAUUACUUUUUUCUUCUUCAUUAGAUUAGCAGGCCCUGUAGUGACUCAUUUCAGCUAGCGCUAAUGCACUGGUCUGUCUCGUGUAUAUAUGGAGUAUUAAUGUACUCCCGCCUCGUGUGUGAGUGUGUUCUUUUUGUAUCUGUGGCAACAGGCUCCUAUAAUUUGUUUUCCUUAACAAGACAUUUCCAUCUCCAUUUUUAGUGGAUGUUAAUUCUGGUUCAUUGAGAGUUUAGUUUAUCCACCUCAAAACCUGUUGCUUUUAGAUUGUUCAGGUAUUUUAAGGUAAAAGGGAGGUUUUUGUGUGCAUGCUUGAUCACGCUGUCCAUGUUUCUGUGUUUGAGCCUUAAAAAAAACAUGUUCGUGCAUGACUUGGUGACAAAGUGUCUCUCUUAAUGAUGUUUCUGUUGAGGUGAAGGUCUGUCUGAGGUAAACCUUGUCUCACUCGCCUUGAAUCGUGCAGUGCAACUGUCACAAACAAUAUCCCAUCCUGAAACCACCUGAUUUGGAGGUUGAGUGGUUUGCUUACUUGUUUUCCUGCCAUUUGAAUAAUCAGGGAUGAAAAAAACAACACUGGAAUAUUCAUUGCUUACUCAGGAGGUGGGAUAUUGGGUCAAAUAACGCUAUCAGAAAUAAUUUUGUAAGAAUGUAUUUAUGCAAAAAGCAAUAAAUUUGCAAUUUAAAUAAAAACAAAGAAAAUCA